AGCGUGGAUUGUCAGGGCUUUUCGAAACACCCUUAACAUAGACUGUCAGCUGUGAGAGAAGAGGCAUGAAAGGCUCGUGGCUCUCUGGCUCCCUGAAACACUCGAGGUAGCUCCUAAAUUUACCAAGCAUGACAGGAGUAAAACUCAAAGUGGAAACUGAUAGAAGCCAUAAAGCAGAUGUAGAAGUAGGCUAGACUGGGAGAACAACUUGUGAACUAUUUUAUGACAUGUGAGCAGGAUAGUCUUGGGAACAGUGAUCUGCGGAUGUAACUCAAUAUUGAACCACUUGUCAGCAGGAAUCCAAGUUGUUUUGGGGCUCUUCCAUCGGGGGAAUCCAAGAAAUGAAAACCAUCUCGCUGCACUGAUACAGUGUCAUCGCAGCACCAGAGGAGUAGAGGCAUGCCAAUUUCCUUUUUCAUCACAAAUGACUGAUGAGAAAGAAGAGUGGCUUUUUUUCAUUUUGGGUCAACGUCUUCAUCAUUUUCUCUUCCUCGUUUGCUGAAGUUCAGUUUUGAACUUACAACUGGAAGAGGAGAAUAACUUCAGACCCCACAAGUGUUGAUGGUUUAGGUUUUUUUUUGUGGAUACAAAAGUCGGCCAUAAUGAAUUGGGAGAAGUUAAAGCCUCCAGAACCGGAUGAUCCCAUGUGCUGCUGUGAGUGUGAUAUCGACCCGUGCGGAUGUUGCUGUGACUGUGAAGAUCUGGAUGAAGCCUUUAACAGGUGGCUGAAGGAUAGACCGUCUAAAAGUGGAUGUCAGUCUCCUGUACUUACAGCCCUGAUUGACAAGCUAGAGAUCUCCAUGGUGCCGGCCUUGGUGCUUCUCCCUUUACUUCUGCGUUUGGCAGCGCUGCACUAUCUGCUGGGUAUCAUCACCCUGACUGCUCUACCCGGCCUGGUGCUGUGGUAUUACUAUGCCACACACCGCAAGAAGAGACGCACCCUCUUCUUCCUCACGCUUGCACUCUACUCUCUGUUCUACAUGUACUACCUCUUCAUCACAGAGAUAUUACCACGUGGGGACGUCAGCCAGCUGCAGCUGUGUACUGCGACUUUGGGGAUGAUUCUCACCAUCGCCUUUCUUAUUCACACCAAGAGAGGGCCAGGAUAUGUGACAGCUUCUCUGCACGAAGCACAAAGUCGAGGUCAGGACGCGAAUAAGGACUCCACACACCUUAAUGGAUUCAUCCAAUCAGCAUCCUCUUCCUCGGGGAACACAGCACAGCUGCAGACAACAAAAGGGGUCCCAACAGCAAAAUGGAACAAGUGUCCUGUGUGUAAAAUAAUGCGACCCCCCCGGGCCGGUCACUGUCGAACAUGUGGAUCUUGUGUCCAGCGUCUGGACCACCACUGUAUCUGGAUAAACAGCUGUGUUGGAGAGGCAAACCAUCGCAGCUUCCUGUUGACCCUCUGUGUGUUUGUGUUGACCUCUCUGUAUGGGAUCAGUUUGGUGCUGUGCAGCCUCUGUCCUCGGCAGUAUCUUCUGACAGCUCUCCUCUACUGCCCCGGGGUCUACAGCCAGUCCAGCACGGCACUCUGCUUCACUUGUGCGUGGUACAGCAGCAUUGUCACCACUGGAUUGCUUCACUUGUUGGUGGCACAAGUGCUGAACAUCAGUUUCAAUGUGACAGAGCGAGAGGCCCUGCUGGCUCUGAGGAACAAAACGGGCCAGAGCCGCCUGUGGGGACUUGUCAUCGACCCAGGAGUGUAUUCACGUGGAUUUUGUCAGAACUGGGUUGAGUUCCUCACCAUGACAGACGCCUCACUCUCUCUCCGCUCCAGCCUCACUGACUUGGUCUAGUUUCACUUUGUACAAAAAAAAAUACAACAGUCUGCUAAUACAGCAUGUGUGAUGAUGAUUCCAUAUCAUACAUUUCUAAACAAUUAUCAGCUCUUGAACUUCCAUUGUUAGCUUCAUUCCAGCCCCUACAUUUGAAACAGGGCCAUUAGAAAGUCCUAAUAUCUGCUUCAGAAACAACACAAUGAGCAUUUUUUACAUUUGAAAUUCUGUCAAUUUUCUCUCUGAAAUAGCCGAAUGAUUUAAUGCAACAGUAAUUGUCAUGUUACUGUACUUGUGUUCUCCCCCUGCAGAAAGCUAGCAACAUUUUUGCUGACUGAAUUUGAAAUAUCCUUGACUG